GUCCCAGGCGAGCCCCGCGCCCAGGCUGUGCCUCGUCUUCCCGUCUCUUUUCCGCCGCUACUUUUCGGUGCAGGCAUGGCUUCCCUCUUGGAUCUGGAAAGUAGCGUGCAUGGCGCUGGAGCUCCGGUUUGCACCGGCAUCUUCCUCUUCGGGUGUGAGUUGAACAGCCGUGCCAGCUCAUACACUUUUAAAGUAUCUGAAGAGGAUGGCUCUGAUCAUAUCCUAGCUUUGAACACGGUUUGCCUGACAGAAGGUGCAAAGGAUGAAUGCAAUGUAGUAGAAGUUGUGGGUCGCAACUAUCACAAUGAAGAAAUUGCUGUGCCUAUGGCCAAUCUGAAAUUGUCAUGCCAACCUUUGUUGAGUUUGAAUGAUUUUCAGCUUCAGCCUCCGGUGACCUUCCGUCUGCGCUCGGGAUCUGGUCCUGUUCACCUUGCAGGAAUACAUCAGACCUUCUCAGUUCACAGACAGGAUCUCUCAGAUGAUGACUUCAGUGACGAGGAUAAGGAUUUUAGUGAGGAAGAUGAAUUCAGUGAUGAAGAAGAGCUCUCCCCUAUCAAGCCAGCCAAAAAGAAACAGAAGUCUUAGCUUGGCUCCCCAAAAGGAACCUCCAACUGGUGUAAGUGACCCUUGCUACCAACUCCAUGGGAAAAGCUAUUGCUUGAGGAAUCUUCGGAGGCUUAAAAAAUACGUCAUAGAUGUCUUCCCUUUUGUUCCCAAGAAAACUAGUUGCUUCUGUGUCUUUUGUACCUGGAAAGGUAUUCUGUUAGGCUGACUGCUGUUACUAAGUGUGACGUAUGUCUGUAUGCAUUGUAUAUCAUUAAGGAAACUGUUCCUUUGAGAAAUGGGUAAUGUCACUUGGUUUCCUCCUUAGAAUUUCUGUGCCUAUGGCGUAGGGUCAAUUUGACUCUGCACAUGGUGAAAAAUGUAUUAUUUCCCUUAUCACCAUGGAGAUGCCAGCAGAAUUGACUUUCUUAUAAAGAUUUUUGUUCUAAUUGUUGUUAACCACUUUUUGAAAGUGUUAAACAUUUUAGGUAUAUCCCCUUCUAAUUUAAGGAUUGUUCAUUGUAUUUGGGAGGAGUGAAAAUACCCUGGACGUGUUUCUUAGGCAAAGUUUUCCCUGUGUGUCUCUUCGUUAAAUGUUUCUAGUGAGAUAUAUAUAUAUAUAUAAUUUUAAAAUAAAUUUUAGAAUAAAAAUGUUUUGUCA